CUGAGCAGCGACGGAAAUGAGCGCACCAUCCUCGUCACCAGUGGCUAACAAGCGCCGACUGGGCCGCAAUGACGAGCCUUCUUCGCCUGCGGGCCCAGCUCCUAUCGGCUCUUCUGGCCGUCAGGGCAGCGAACCGCCUGCCCUUAGUCCUCUCGGCGCUCCUUCUGGUGACCGAGCAGGCUCGACGCUCUAUCCAGGUGGUUUGGCGCCCAGGCCUAUGCUCGACAGGAGGUCUUCUGGCUCUGGCCUCGGCCCUUCUAGUCUGCCCCCCUCCAGCCUGCCGCCCUCGAGUCCGCCUGCUCCGUUCAGUGAGCUCGGCGGGCCGGAAGAGGAUGACUCCGAAGUUGACGAGCGCGAGAGAAUCCGCGAUGCUGACUCGGAAGGCGAGGGUGAAGACCUUUUCGGGGACAACAUGAUCGAGGAUUAUGGUGCCAACGAGAGGUUGGACCGAUAUGACGACGCUGGUCUGAACGACAGCGAGGAGUUCGAGGCCAUGGACGCCGCAACGCGUUUCGCUGCCGAGCGAAGAAUGGACAGACGCGACCGUAGAGAGGCUGGCCUACCCGGCGCUCCAAGCCGUCGACGCAAUCGUGCUCCUGCCUUUUUGCGCUCAGAUAGCGAGGACUCGGGCGCAGAAGCGGAAGCGCAGCUGCUCGGUCGUCGUCGUCGUCGUCGCCAGUAUGAUGAAGUUCAGGACGAUAACGACAAUGUCUACGAAGAGGAGCUUCCUCUCGAGCAACUCAGUGACAUCAAGGCCAACAGUCUCAAGGAAUGGAUCGAUACGGAUGCCGUCAAGCGCACGAUCAUGCGCGAAUUCAGACAGUUCCUCAUGUCCUUCACCGACGAGUCUGGCACCAGCACAUACGGCGAGCGCAUCAAAAGUCUCGGCGAACAAAAUCUCGAAAGCCUUGAAGUGUCAUUCUCACAUCUUUCGGAUUCCAAGGCCAUCCUUGCAUACUUCCUGACCAACUGCCCAUCGGCUAUGCUGUCGCUCUUCGAUACUGUCGCACUCGAAGUGAUUCUGAUCUACUAUCCAGAGUACGAGCGCAUUCAUCCCGAAGUUCAUGUCAGAAUCACCGAGCUACCCGGCUACACUUCGCUCAGAGAUCUACGUCAAGGCCAUCUCGAUGGCCUCGUGCGCGUUUCCGGCGUUGUCACUCGUCGAGGGGGCAUCAUGCCUCAGCUAAAGUAUGUCAAAUUUGAUUGCGGCAAAUGUGGCGACGUCCUUGGGCCCUUCUUUCAAGAUGCAACGAGCGAAGUCAGGAUCAGCUUUUGCAGCUCGUGCGGUGCAAAAGGUCCCUUCACCGUCAAUUCAGAGCAGACGGUCUACCGCAAUUACCAAAAGAUGACGCUGCAAGAGUCGCCUGGCUCCGUGCCUGCAGGCAGAUUGCCUCGACAUCGCGAAGUCAUCCUCUUGUGGGACUUGAUCGACUCUGCAAAGCCCGGAGAGGAGAUCGAGGUCACCGGCAUCUAUCGCAAUAACUUUGACAUCUCGCUCAAUAUCAAGAAUGGCUUCCCAGUCUUCUCGACGGUGCUCGAAGCGAACUACAUCAACAAGAAGGAAGAUCUUUUCGCUGCCUUCAGAUUGACAGAAGAGGACGAGAAGCAGAUCCGCACAUUGUCGCGAGACGAGCGCAUUCGCAAACGGAUCAUCAAGUCGAUCGCGCCUUCCAUCUACGGCCACGAAGAUAUCAAGACUGCAGUCGCGCUUUCACUCUUUGGCGGCGUGCCCAAGAAUAUCAACAACAAACAUCGCAUCCGUGGUGAUAUCAACGUCCUCUUGCUUGGCGAUCCCGGAACGGCCAAAUCUCAGGUCUUGCGAUAUGUCGCCAACACGGCCCAUCGCGCCGUUACUGCGACCGGUCAGGGUGCAAGCGCAGUCGGUCUCACGGCGAGCGUUCGCAAGGAUCCCAUCACGCGCGAAUGGACACUCGAGGGCGGCGCGCUCGUCUUGGCUGAUAAGGGCGUUUGUCUCAUCGACGAAUUUGACAAGAUGAACGAGCAAGAUCGAGUGUCUAUACAUGAAGUCAUGGAGCAGCAAACAAUCUCGAUAUCCAAAGCGGGCAUUGUGACUACGCUACAAGCCAGGUGCUCGAUCAUUGCGGCUGCCAAUCCCAUCAGAGGGCGAUACAAUCCAACGAUUCCGUUCAGCCAAAACGUCGAGUUGACCGAACCGAUCUUGUCCCGAUUUGAUGUCCUCUGCGUCGUCAAAGAUACUGUCGACCCUGUCAUCGACGAGAUGCUCGCCAAGUUUGUAGUUGGCAGUCAUCUGAGAUCGCACCCAGACUUUGACGCCGAAGUGGACGAGGUGAAGGUGGCGACAUCAAUCGAUGCAGAGAUUCUGCCACAAGACGUGCUCAAGAAGUACAUCCAGUAUGCUCGCGAGCGAUGUCAGCCCAAGCUAGGUCAGAUGGACCAAGACAAGCUUGCGAGACUCUAUUCGGAGCUUCGUCGCGAAUCCAUCGCAACUGGCUCGUUCCCUAUCACGGUCAGACAUCUCGAAAGCACCAUCAGAAUGGCCGAAGCGUCUGCCAAAAUGCGAUUGUCGGAAUACGUUCGCAGUGACGAUAUCGAUCUGGCCAUUCAAGUGACCGUUGGCAGCUUCGUUGGCGCAAACAAGACAUCUGUCAAGAAGCAGCUUGACAGAGGCUUUGCGAAGUAUCUGCGUCGUGCUGCGGAUACCGACGAGCUGCUUUCCUUCACACUUGGUCAAAUUACCAAGGACAAAGUUCGCUAUCACGUCUACAAGUAUGGCGAGCAGCCCAAUUCGAUUCGCAUCAAUUUGUCCGAGCUUGCAGAUAGGGCUAAGGAUCUGGAGAUAUUUGACGUUCAGCCAUUCCUGCAGACGAAGCUGUUCCGAAACAACGGCUACCGCUUCGCCAAUGACGCCAUCACGAAGACGUUUGGCGAGGCAGACGGUCUGUGAUCUAGUGAUUCCUGCAUGUGACAUGGUUGUACAGUCUAGAGCCUUGUGUCAAUACAACAAUCAGUGUCUACUAAUGCUUCACUUGCUUCUUCGGUACCGUGAGCCACAACGCCGAGCCCAACAGCUUGAUGCCUGCUGCUAUACCCAGAGUCGCAGCGCUACCUAGUUGCGCUAAUAUUGCACGCGAGACCAGCGCGCCGACGAACAAGCUCGCGAUUGACAGGAAUCGCCCGUCUCUUCCCUCUGUCGCUGCUGCAGCGUUCUUGCGCCAUGGCGUCAGCAGAAGCUUGGGAUCGUUGACGAAUUCCACCCAUCUGCCAGCACAGUCAGAUCCGGCGAUCUCGUGUCAGAGCGUCCGUACAUUGUAGUGAGGACGACUGUCGUGUUUGCCACUUGACCGAGCUUCUUGCCGACGGCAGCCUGCAGACCAAGAUUGGCAGAAGCGAAUG